AAUCAUUUCUAGUACAAGACUUGAUUAUGAAGAAUCGCGACAAGUUAAUGAUAGUUUGCAGUCAAAAGUUAUCGGAUUAAACCCUUUUGUUGGAACCCAUGAUGGAAAAUCCCUCCUAACCGCACUUUUUGGUUGGAAAGGUGGAAAUAGAUUCCGCACAACUGGUGAAAGAGCUGUAGAUGUUGAUAGCGACUUGACAAGUAUAAAGAAAGUAUUUAACGCAGAUGAAUCAGUUGUAAAAUUGACGGAUGCUCUGUGA